UUCGCGCGCUCUCUCCUUGUCCCACGGCGAAAGCGGACGUAAUAUCGAUGUCAAGGUCGGCAAUGCCGAUCCACGACGGGUGCGUCGCGACGAUCCUCGGCCGCUGCGCGCGAGGGCGCCGGACCGGCGCGUCGACGACGCGGUGAUACGGCGAUCGGCGGUGAUCGCGCGGCUCCUCGCCCUCACGAAUGAUCGUCGCCGUCGUCGGCGGCAGCGACGUUCACGCGAGACACGCAGACGCCCGUCUCGGCGGAUCACGGCAUCGACGCGCGUCGAUGCCAUUGCCGGAUCGUUCCUGAGAGUCCCGCAGCUGUACACACAUGAAAUGGGUAGCGCUUGGUGGCAGUGCACCGCGUGUCUGAGAACCCAGGAAGAAGACAUCUGUGAGCUGCAGCUAAAUCACUGUAAUCUCUACGAUGUACCACCUGAUGUGUUCAUUUACGAAAGAACGUUGGAAAAGUUGUAUCUCGAUGCCAAUAGGAUAAAGGAUCUUCCCAGGCCACUGUUCCAGUGCCACGAGUUGAGAGUGCUCUCGCUUAGCGAUAAUGAAGUUACUACACUACCACCCGCCAUAGCGUCGUUAAUCAACCUGGAACAUUUAGACCUCAGCAAAAAUAGUAUAAAAGAGUUACCAGACAGCAUAAAGGAAUGUAAGAGUCUUCGCUCCAUAGAUAUCAGCGUGAAUCCCUUCGAGCGUUUCCCGGACGCCAUAACGCAUAUCGUCGGCUUGCGCGAGCUCUACAUAAACGAUGCAUACAUUGAGUACCUGCCGGCUAACUUUGGACGACUGUCAGCCUUGAGGACGCUCGAGCUGCGGGAGAACAACAUGAUGACGUUGCCUAAGAGCAUGAGCCGUUUGGUGAACCUGCAGAGGCUCGAUAUCGGCAACAAUGACUUCACAGAGUUGCCUGAAGUCGUCGGGGAUCUCAUCAACCUGACGGAACUGUGGAUCGACGGCAACGACAUCAGGCGCGUCCCGACGAACGUCGAGCAGCUCUACCGCCUGAACCACUUCGACUGCACGAUGAACGCGAUACACGCGCUCCCGACGGAGGUGCGUGGCUGGCGCGACAUCGCGAUCAUGAAUCUGUCGUCGAACGAGAUGUACGAGCUGCCGGAUACGCUCUGCUACCUGCGCACGAUCGUCACCCUCAAGAUCGACGACAAUCAACUGAACGCACUGCCCAACGACAUCGGCCAGAUGUCAAGCUUAGAGGAGCUUAUAGUAACUAAGAACUUUCUCGAGUAUCUGCCGUCUUCGAUAGGCUUGUUGCGCAAGCUGCACUGUCUCAACGCGGACAAUAAUUAUCUGCGUGCGCUGCCGGCCGAGAUCGGCAGCUGCACGGCAUUGUCCCUGCUCUCCCUGCGAUCGAACAAUCUAGCGCGCGUGCCACCCGAGCUCGGCCACCUGUCCUCGUUGCGAGUGCUCAAUCUCGUCAACAACGGCAUCAAGUUUCUACCAGUCUCCAUGCUGAAUUUGAAUAACCUGAAGGCGCUGUGGCUGAGCGACAAUCAGAGCCAACCGUUGGUACCGCUGCAGCAGGAGUUCAAUUGCGAGGAAGACAUGAUGGUGCUGAGCUGCUUCAUGCUGCCUCAGAAACCACGGCAGGAUCUAGAGCAAAUGGCGCAGACCGCAGGACCGAUCUCCAGUUCGAUCAUCGGAACCGGCAAAAGGAUAUGUUUCGCUGCUGAGGUAGAUUCUGAGGUCCCCAGGCAACUUCAUCGAGCACCGACCCCUUACCCCAAGGAGCUACGCAACCUCGCUAGGCACGCUCGUAAUCUCCAUCAUCAGUCCAUUCACGAUCAAAGAAGUGCGCCCUUGUCUACAACCUCUGUCGAUCGUAACACGGCAAAGAACUACAAGAGUAACAACAGACUGGCGGCCGAAUCCGGAGCGGCGGAGCACUCGGUGUCGGAGGAGUCGUCCGACGAGGCCAACAAGACCGUGCUGGCGAAGGAGAAGAGCCCAGACAUCCGGGAGGCCAAGUACAUCCGCAAUCCCACGUCCGAGUACGUUGCGAAGGUGCCGACGGUGGCCGACUACGUGAACUCCACGUGGAAGCCGGAUGAAUAUUCCAAGGCCAACACAGCGAAGAUAGUGGAGUCGGAGAAGUUCAUCGAGCCGUAUGUCCGCAGGAUGUCCGUGGACGCGACCGACGGCAAGUGCGGCGACCAGAUGCGGGUAAGCGUCGCCGCGAAAUCGAGCGACGUUCCGCCAGUCCCGCCUCCGUAUCACAUCGCGGCGGCGUUCUCCAAAAAGGCCGCCCUUUUCCAACAGUUCAACAAUCCGAGCGAAACGGACACCCAUUUAGCUUCACCCUCGUUACCCUUCAACCCGCCCCUAAAUUCGCCCGGGAUGUUUCCGGACGCGCCGAAGCAGAAGAACUUCGACACGAAUGUGGAAUUGGUGAAAGCCGAGGAAUACACGUCUGUGCCAGGCGAUCGGGCCAACUUUGCGAACUCAAACAUAUCGAACACGUCGGCGACAACGGACAACGGGCAACGGACGGACACCUACGACCAGAUCAACGCGGAGCAAGCGUGCACGCCGGUCCCAGCGGACUCGAGCGUCGACCUCGAGCAGAACGAUCGGACGUUCAAGCCGAGCAAGAUUCCUGUUCUCAAGGCGAAGCACGCGGAAAGCUCGAGCAGCGACACAAGCUCGAUCAAAACGUGCACCAGUCCGUCGGUGGAAGAAUUCGACGCGAACAGAACAUUGAACGCGUAUUCCGCGAUACCCCCGUCGCCGAUCACGGGUAAGAAGUACCGGAGCCCGUUGUCGGCACCGGUGAAGCCGCUUGAUCGGUCGAGGAAGCUGACGAACGGGACCGCGUCAAACAACAACAACUCGUGCGACAACGCCAACAACCUGGUAGACGCGUCGAACGUCGAUCGGACGUCGAACACCUCCGCUGCGAACAGAAGCAUCAUCGACGAAUCGAGCGGCGCGUCUUCCGCUGCCGCUGUCGCUAAAAGUGAUGAAACGAACUCGGGUCGAGACACACCGAGUUUCAGUGCGAGCAAUAAAUCUCAGGGCGACACCAGCAACGAGAUCAAGGAGCACGUGAGACCUGCGCCAAAGGAAACGCUGAAUUCGGAGAGGAAGCCGAAGUUCAAAUGGAUGUUCGGCCCUCACAAAAACGCGAACGUGCUGCCUGUUCAAGUAAAGAAGAAUCCGGGUCUCGGGUUUAGCAUAGCUGGCGGGGUAGCGGGCGCGGAGACUGGAAUAAUCGUGACGAAAGUGAAUCCCGACGGGCCAGCUCAGGGUACUCUUCGGCCGGGAGACAAGAUCCUAGAGGUAGACGGCAUUGACUUCACCAAGUCUGAUCACAAUAACGCCGUCGCCGUUCUGCGUGCCACCGGUGCUGUUGUGUCUAUGAUGAUAAGUCGCCACCAAUGAAUUGUAAGUUAUUCGGAGAGCGCAAGAAAACUUUUUCUAUUUCUUUUAGAUGAUAUACGAUCGCUUUACACAUAUACUCUUCAGACUGAAUACAUUUUAUAUAUAUAUAGCUCUAACAUAUAUAUAUAUUUAAAUAUAUUCUUUAAUCAAAUCCGCAAGUCGUCACGCGAACGCGUCACGCUCGUGAAAAUGAAAGGAACACGUGAACGUCUCAUGUCGAGAUCCUCGCGAAUAUCGCCGAGAUCGCCGUUGGUACUGUUAACAGUUAAGGAAUUUAAAGAGAAUGUCACGCGGUGACACAGAAUUGAACCUCCUUAAAGAGUAUCAACAUUUAAACGUCAUUGUUAAUCUCUCAAAUGGAAUCGAAACAUUUUAUUUCGCACGAUAUCGUAUCGCACAAUCUUGAACAAGCUACAACAAUCGUUGUGAAUCGAUCGAUCAAGAUAUUACCUCGACAAUCAGCGUUACUUUUUAAAGUUCUCCAACUUCGAGAGAUUUCACGAUGAGCGCCGAUCGUUCCGGCGACGUUCGCGCGGAUCAGUUACGCGAGAUCUCUUCUAUACAUACAUGCAUACAUAUAUAUUUGUGUCGAAUAUAAGAUUGUAAGCAGGCUAGGCUAUCGCUAUCGACCGUUUCCGCGACUAACGCGGAACACAGAAAAAGGGUGAUCAUCCCCGUGAGAAUAAUACCCAUAGAAGAACAUCGUAUUUUUCAACGCUCUGUCUAAUACGCGGGCGGAGGAAUUGAACAAAUGACGCGCCUCCGCCCGCGCACCGAAUAAAUAGCUCUUCCUCGAGUAACUACGACUAGAACAAUAAUGUCUUUUUCCGAAACCUCUUCUAAUUCCGAGACGCGCGCGCACGCAACCGAGACGUGCGCAGAAGAUGAUGUUGAUAGAAUAGUUGAUUUACAUCUAUUAUACUAUAUCCGUGCGUUCUCCGCGACGAGAGAACGCCGACAAUGUGCCAGAAAACAAAGUACUAUUUAUUAUCCAUAUACAUAACAUAUUGAGAAAAAGUUAUAUAUACUAUAUGCAUAUAUAUUAUAUAUAUAGACAAAUUUAUCUGUAGAAGCUGGACAGGGAUCCCAUAGAUUCCAGCGGCGUAAAUAAAUCGCGGAGGUGUAUUUGUUAAAGAGAUUUCCACGGAGUAUUUUUCGCUGACAAACUUCGCUUGUGAGCGCCUCGCGCGAUUUAGAGCCGAUUUCAUUUUAAAAGAGCUCAAGUAUAACUUUUUAAUUACGAGCGACUAAAUUAAAAGCGGAAAACGAAACUGAUUUUUCCUCUUAAAUGCACGUAAACUAUACAUGUUUUGAAUUAGAAUUUAUUUUAGUUUCAGAUUUAGUCGGUUAAGAUAUUUAGAAAUUGCAAAAAAAAACGAGAAAAAGUGGCGAAAACAAAUUCGCGUUACGGAGAAACAUCGACCUUGAAUUCUUCGAGGCAUUUGUGAGCGAAGUUUGCGCUCGCCCAGAGGAACGUAGUACACGCUCUUCUGCUUCACUUGUACUCAAGUCGCCUCCGACAAUGUCCGAGCGUACAGCGAUCUUUAUCAGUUGUUGACUAUAAUAAUUGUUAUUGCAUAUGGCAAAGCUAUAAAUUUUAUGAUUCGAUUGAUGCGAUGUAAAGAGGCGACGGUAGCUCCGAAAUGUUGCGGCAACAACACAUCGGAAUCUCGAUACCAUUCUUUCGCUGUUGACUACCGAGUCCGAUUAUUGCCUUUAAAAAACGCUGCUCGGAAGAAUCGCAUUAAGGGGAUAUCGGAGAGAAUCGAGUACUCGGCGAAACGGCGCUCGGACGAUCGAGCGGUUUUCUCUGUCGCGUCCGCGGAGACGAUGAGCGCGCUUCUCUCUGUGGGAUCUCUGUCGCUUGUCUAGUAGGAGAGAAAAGAAAAUAUUCUUCUAUGUGCCGUACUUAUAUCGAUAAUAAUGUUUAUACUUGUGUCAGUCUCAGUGUCAAUCCUCAACCGUUUAACAGUUGCGACGCGGAUCAUCUCUGUAGAUCUCUCUUCUGCAUUUACUUGUCUCUCCCCCGAAUUUACCUUCUUCCACACGUUCGGAACACCAUCUCGUCCAUCGAUCUCCGUGCAUUAUCGUGUCCUUAAGCACCGACGUGCACCUCUGCGACGAGUUGAGUGCGGCAGAGUGCAUUUAUAAUAUUGUUAAUUAUUGCAUUGAAUCUCAGGAGCCAAGUAUCUCAGAAAUUCGACUCGUUUAUUUUAAUAAUCGUAAUUAAUCAGAAUUUAAGAACAAUAUAAAUUUUCGUAUAAAAUUGUCUGAUUUUAAUUUGAUUGGCUUGAUAACUGACAUUUUGUAGAAAAUUGUUUACUUUGUCUACAAAAACAUAACGUAACGAGUUUUAUAGAGAUUUCUUCUCGCAUCACGAGUGCUUAAGAACGUUCCCCGUUCGUCGAACGUUUCACACCUGUACGUAGGAUUAAUCCAGUUUUCUUUAUCAUUAACGUAUUGUUAAGACUAUCGAAAGCCAGCGCUCGGUCGCUCGGAACUGACGCGACUGAUCAGUCUGGCGAUCACUCGCGUCCCUUCCGUCGAGAUCGUGCUCGAAGGAACAAAACUCUCUGUACCUUGUAAAAAAAACUGUUUUUCCCGCGACGGUUGUUAAGUCGAGCGUGAUUGUCGUCGAUCGACAAGCGAGAUAGAUACUUUUGUACGUCGCGCCGAUGAAAGGGAGGUCGCGGUCUAAGAAGGAACGUAGGACCGAGAUGCGCUAUAUAGCACAAAUAAGAUCGUUAUUUGAUUAUCUAUACGUUACGUUUAUGUAAUAUAUCUUGCGCGUUGUUAUAAUCCAAACCAGUGUGAACGCCGGACUGUCCAGCUGCGUGCCAGAUAUUCCGUAUUUUUUCUCGACUGCGAGGACUCUUCUUGAGAGUGAAUCUAUUUCUUAUAUUAUUAAAUGUGAAUGCUGAUUCGCCCUCUGUUCCUCUCGUUUCAUCACAAUUUCUAAUUACUUGUUCUUAUCAAUGUAAAUUUGACGUUAUUUAUAAUCGAUUAUUAAUGUAUAAUUAAUGUUACCGAUGGUAAGGUAUUCUGUUAAUGUAACUGCUUUCUAGUUGAGCAACGUUAAGGCUCGGCGCUGACGUUCGACGCCACGUUAUUUAAUAUUGUCGAUCGGAGAUUGCGAGUUAGGAGUAUCAGCGAUCUGUUGUGAUAAUUGAAAAUCCUGUUGAAAUCGAGAAAGCCGGAUUUCUCGAACCUUGUUCAGCCAGCGAGGAAGAAAUGCCGAGAAUCUGACACGGAGCGUUAAGUAAUAUAUUGUUGUUGCUAAGUUAGUGUCUGUAUUUGUAUCUUUGUUCUUCAAGUCGGUGUUACGUACGAUUAAGGAUUUUACAGUAAGUUCGCGGUUGUGUAUCGUCUCGCCGCUUCGUAUUUCGAUUUUCCGCAUUGAGAAAGUGUUAGUAGAAUAAUGCGUACAGCUAGUCAAACGCGAUAGACAGACCUUACGAUUAGUGCUCUUCGCCGAUUUAUGUUCGACGGGGGCCUCUCCGUCAGUUUUUGCAUUUUGCGUAUCUCUAUCGAUGUCGCCACGACGAAUCUUUCAGCUUCCGAUCGAACAUUCAGAGCUUUCCAAGUAGUCUUGUUUUUCUUUCUUUUAAUUUAUAUUAAUAUCCACGCGAGAUUAGUUUUUCUUGUAUUAGCAUUAAGCUCGUUCUUAUUUCGUCUCCCGACGAUUGUUGCUGCAUUUGAUUCUGUAGGCACGAGAGAACAUCGGGUUGAUCAAAAAGUUCGUCCACUUAUUGUUCCCCGAGAUGAUUGUCAGGUUUAAAAGGGGAAGAACGAAAUUUUUGAUCGACCUAAUAGUUAUUGCUAAGAGCUGCGCUGAAGGAACGAGGUAACAUGUGUUGGCCGACGGAAGAGUUUCCAAUUUCAUGGACCACGAGCACAUGUAUUGUACUCUUUUCUACUAUUCUAACUAAACAGACUGACUACCUUUUGGAUAACUAUUACAUGUUUAACGACGCUUCGGAACGAGGCGGGUUUGGAUCACAAUCGGCGGCAGCGAUUUCCGCGCGUAAUUCUUGAUACUUGCAUUUUUAAGAUAAAAGUACAAUUCGAGUGUGCGUUCUACACUUUGCGUUUUGAUUUGUAUUUGUAUUCGACAGCCCUAGUGAUGUUGUAAUUAUCAAUCUGUGUGAAGCUGUUGCUCGAAUGACUCAUCUAAAAAUGAGUAGAUUUACUCUUCUCAUUGUAAUGAAUCUCCUCGUUUUAAAAGGUAUUUCUUGUUUUAUCUGAUGUUCUCGUAUUUUUUCGAAGAGUUCAGCAUUCAAGUCGGAAUUACUCAUUACUUUUAAAAGACAUUUGUUAUUUUAUCUGAUUUUCUUAUAUUUUUUCGAAGAGUUCAGCAUUACUCAUUAUUCUUCCGGGCGAUAACUGGAAGAAUUGUUGGCACGUCGCCUUCUGGAUCAUCAGUCGUUACUGGGACGAUCCAAAUCCGCUUUGCAAAGUGAGCGGCGCUCGCUAUCGUUACGGGAUGAUUGUCUAAGAUCGAACGCGUGACUGCAACUCCAAGUUGUACCCAUGAGUGUAUAUACAAUAAGCGACUAAUUAUGCGUAUAUAAGCGGACCCUCAAGAAAGCAAUCAAAGUGGUCGUACCUUUUACUUGCGAUGUGUUUGUUUGUGCUCUUAAUUUCUUGUUUUCCGUUCUCGCUCGAUUUUAUGGAGCUCGUAGAAUGAGCUCGAGACUUGUUUUCGUGCCAGGAUGUAUGUAUUUUUUAUCGUUUUCUUUUUUGCGAUGAUUCGAUGACCUUGGUCGCUGCGUUCUGCGACGCUUGCUUUUGUCUUGGACCUUUGGAGAUUUGCUCCGCGGUCGCGGUACAACCACUUCGUUAGCCACAGCGUUCAUCAGGCGCGUUCCCGCGUUUAUUAAAAUAAUUUAAUAGUUCAUAACGGAUCGAUGUACAAAGAAAUGCGUUCUCGCCGGACGUCGUCUUCUGGUAUACAAUUACUAUGCAUUUUGAAUAUGUUAGCGACAGAUGUCUGAACCUUUACCGAGAAGUCUUAGUUGGUUGUGCAGCAAUAAAUAAAUUAAUAUUUACGU